GUCAGUGGGGUUAACAUACUCCAUACUGUAAAAAGUGAAAGCAAAAGUAUGAAUUCUGCAGGAAUUCCCCUGCUUGUUUUGUUCGACAACGUUUUGCCAGAAGUGUGUGAGACAGACAGAGUUUGUUACCAAGCAUCAGCUUCUCUGUCAUAGGUGCUGCCAGGAAGGAUCAAAGUCAUGAGCCAUUCCACGGCAAAGCCAAAGUGUCCAGGUUGCCAUGAGGAAGUUGUCCCGAAUUCAGAAGGGCAGUGCGUGGUGUGCAAAUUGUGCUCCAAACAAAAACGUCGUGUUUUCCGCUUCUGCUGGGAUUGUCAGAGAGAGUGGCCACGUAAAACUUCUCCAAACAUUUGCACGCGAUCAAACUGUGCUCUCCGGGCUGCUCUGCUAUCUGACAAACGGAUCAGUGAUCCCCACAGUUCAGCAAAGGGAUGUCCCUAUUUCAGGGCCUGUCCUGGGUGCCGUGCCUUGCUCACACACAAUGGACAAGGCUGCCCCAACAUUACAUGCCCUACUUGCCACACAGAAUUCUGCUUCCGCUGUCUUCGCCCUAGAUGCAUUUACACAAACUUGAUGUUACUUGAUUUCAUAAGAAAUAGGCACAGGUUGGAUGAUAUUGAACGCUGUACUAUCGUGGAUAACCGUGAGAGACUGAUGCAACUUCCUUAGUCAAAUGUCUGUAGGACGUAAAAUCUAAAUUUCUACUAGACAAAUAAAUAAAAUUUCUCAGUUGAUCUACACACAGAUGCAUUUGGUGUUAGAACGCUGCAGGAGUGUGUGUGUGUGUGGUGUCAGUGUCCCAGAGUAGGAUUGGGAAUAUUUAGAAUACAGCUUAGCCCAUAGUGUGUGUCUUUUUAUAUUAAAAAAUUAUUUUUAAUCAAAAUAUAAAUUUAUUUUAACCUUUCAUUGAUUUGUGAUCAAAUAUGAUUUCUGUGUGCAAAGGUAAAUCUUUCAGAUCAAUCUUUAAAAUGAUGAAUGUAAGGAAAACAAUUAACCUCUGCAUUAAAGCAAAUUUUUAAAAUUAAAGUGUGGUUUUAUUUUAUCAUGCCUUUUUUUUUAAACUUUCACAAAAUACACUUCUUUCCAGUAUAUACCUUUUCUUUGACUCUGUCUACAACAAUAUAAAAUUACUGCACAGACUUUUUCAUAUUCAAAUGCAGUUGAAUAGUAAAUCUUUUAAGUAACCAAUCACGCAAGAAGUUUUUCUUCUGAUCAGAAAAGCUGAAGGAUGCUCUUCUGUAAUAUGCAUUUCAAAAAUUGUUAUUUUACCAAGUGAAAACAUCACAUACAUACAGUGGGGUAAAAAGUAUUUAGUCAGUCACCAAUUGUGCAAGUUCUCCCACGGGAAGAGCGCGCUUUAUGAGUUAAACCCAUAAUAAUAAUUAAUCUCGAGGCUGAUUCCUUUUUUGAACUUUUAUUUCAUUUUAUUAUUUUAUUUCUACUAUUGUUUAAUUCUUAUUAUUUUUCUUCCCCAAUUAUUUUAUGUAAUUUUAUUUUCUAUUGUUUACUGUUCUGCUUUUACUUCUGUAAAGCUCAUUGAACUGCCACUGUGUAUGAA